AUCUUCAAAUACAGUGUGUUGGUGGUGUGACCAUCCUGCCUUUUUUAUACGUCACCACAAAUUUCAUCUCUUGUUCCUAAUUGAAAUACGAAGUGGAGAGCAGAGGAAAGGAGUGGUUUAUCCGGUAGAAAUGGAGUUGGAGCCGGCGAUUGAACGGUUGCCUAUUGAUCUACUGGCUGACAUUUUUGCGAUGAUAACCUACUUCACCGAUUUGGCUCAGGCGAGCGGGGUUUGUAAGAAAUGGAAGGAAGGAGUUAAAAUGUCUAUUGGAAGAAGAAAGAGUUUGAGCUUUGCUGGUUGGAAGAUAGAUGAUGAUUCUACUGCUCGCCUUAUUCGCCAUGAAUACAAUCUUCGAGAUCUCGACAUCUCAAGAAGCCGUUGGGGUUGCCAAAUAACAGACCAUGGAUUGCAAGAAAUCUCUCUUGCAAAGUGCAUUCCCAACCUCAAGUCCAUUUCGCUUUGGGGUAUGGUAGAGAUCACCGACACGGGUGUUGUGCAACUGAUUUCUAGAGCCAACUCUUUGCAAAACCUGAAUAUCGGUGGCACCUAUAUCACAGAUAUAUCUGUGCUUGCAAUCGCAAAUAACUGUCCAAAUUUGAAGACCAUUGUCCUCUGGUGCUGUCGCCAUGUAACGGAGAGCGGACUUCUCAUUCUUAGUUCGGAAAGACGAUUCCAAAGCAAUUUGAAUCGCUCAAAUCGGAGUUCAAACGAGAAAGUUAUAAGCAAAAGAAGAUUGAAGAGGAAAUCCAACGUGGCAGUGACACGUGGUACCUUGCUGACAUGGCAUCUGAUGUGGCACACAAAUGGUCAAUAUUGAUGGCGUAGCAGCCGACGUAGCGGAUGACGUGAUGCUCCAACCGGUCACUUUUUACUGACGUGGCGAUGACGUGGCACAUGAUGUGGCAGUGACGUGGCUACCGUGGACGAAUGAGAUAAUGACAAGUGGCGGUCACCAGCUUCACGCGCGGAUGCGCACGUGCGCCGCAUGUGCCUGCAGUUUCUUCACAGAGUACGGCACGUGACGCUCAAUCUCCUCCCCUAUGCGCGUGGUGCUCAUAUCAUCCGGCUAUUUUUUAUUUUCAUUUUUAUUUUCUUAUUUUCCUUUAAUUUCCUGAUCCAAUUUUCUCCAAAUUAACAACAAAUUUCAGCCUUUUCAAAUUUGAUUUCCUUCCUAAAUU